AUGAGAUUAUUCGCCAUAUUUGUGCUACUUUGGACUCUUGUUCAUAUGGGCGAUUUAAAAAAGAUAGCCUAUUUUACCCAUGUCGAAUGUCCUGCACCACUUUCCGAUUUGGUAUAUGAUUUUUCAUGCAGUUUAUUUAAAAAUCCCGAUGGUAUAUCAGUGCUAAAGUUAACCUUUAAACUCAAAGAGGAUACCAGCAAUGUAGCCUUGCAUUUUAAGGUCAAAGGUAAACGAGAGGAGCAGCAAUCCGAGGAGACACUCUUAGUUUUUGAUUUGGAUGUUUGUGAUGCAAUGAGGGCUUCGCAUGAACAUUUCUUCUUGAAAUUGGUCUUCGAUGAACUGCGACGUGUCAGCAACUUGCCCAGUGAAUGUCCAUUCAAGAAGGAUACGGCUUAUAAUAUAAAUGGUUUUACCAUUGAUUCGUCUGCCAUACCAUCGUAUAUACCAGAAAUGUCUUGGACCUUACUGUCCCACUACAAUGUGAGCAAUAAAAUGUCGGCAACAUUUAAUGCAUAUG